AUGAAAAGGAGAGAAACCAGCAAAUCGCCAAAUCGCCAACAAACCAACAACCACCAUCUCCAAACCAGCAAACCAACAACCACCACCAAAUCUCCAAACCAGCAAACCAACAACCACCACCACCACCACCAUCGCCAGCAAAUCUCCAAAUCGCCAUUCAAAAUUUCCCCUCAAUCUCCAAAUCUGAAGGAAGCGGCGCUGCCUAAAGAGGCAAAUCGGCGGCGGCGGCAAAGCCCUAGCCCCAAAUCGGAGAGGCAGGCGACUGGAAAGGCGGAGCGGCAAAGCCCUAGCCCCAAAUCGAAGAGGCAGCGCCGACAGGAGAGGCGGAGCCCUAGCCCUAAAUCGGAGAGGCAGCGUCGACUGGAGAGGCGGAGCAGCGCUGGGGGAGGGAGAUAG